AUGGACCCAAACGAAUUUUCUCAUGGGUCUUCAAACUUUCAUACAUAUUACUCGCAGACCAACAAGGGUCGUGGUGUAAUCGACCUAGGCCUCAGCCUUAGGACCAUACAACAUGAAACUUACCUCCCAUCGAGUCCAAGUCUGGACGGGUAUGGUGAGCUCAUAGACUGGUCGCAAACCAGCUACAGCAGCAAUUCAGAGCUAAAGACCGAGGAAACUGGAAACCAUAUGCUUGCUCGAGGAUAUUAUAAUGCUGGAGAAGAGAGCAGAGGAAGAUUGGCUUAUGUGAAGGUAAAUAUGGAUGGCUCUGUCGUAGGCCGCAAGGUUUGCGUUCUUCAUCAUGGAACCUACUCAACUCUUGCACUUCAGCUUGACAAUAUGUUUGGGAUGCAUACCGUGUCGGGAUUGAGGUUGUUCCAGGAUGAGUCUGAGUUCUCUUUGGUCUACAGAGACAGAGAAGGCAUCUGGAAGAAUGUUGGUGAUGUUCCAUGGAAGGAUUUUGUUGAAACCGUGAAUCGGAUGAGAAUCGCAAGAAGAAACGAUGCUCUUCUUCCCUUCUAA